AGCGCGUCUGGGCUGGAGACUGCGCCCCCCUCUGCACCUCCGCCCGCAGCAGCCGAAGCACCUCGGUGCGUUGCACCGCCAGAGGCCCGGGCUGGCUCUCCGUGCUGCUCAGCGCCGCACCACACCCGGUGGGCGGCUGUGGCCACGCACGCCCAGGUUCUGCACUGCCCCCUUCCAAUUGCAUUGCCCGCUCUCGCCCCUUACUGCUGCCGGCGGCUAGGGCUCGCUGGGGACUGGCCAGCCGCGGUGCACUGGUACCCGGGGCGCUGCAGCCGGCCCUCCCCCCUCCCCGUGGAGCCGGGAGUAGUGCAGUCGCCCACUCCGUCUGGUAGCGGAGCUGGGUCCCGCGUCCAGCCCUCCGGCCUUCGCUUAGGGCCCCUGACCCGUAAAGAGGAGCGGUCUUACCGAGACCGGCCCGGCCCAGCCCGGCGGUGAGAUGAGCUUCUUCGGCUUCGGGCAGAGCGUGGAGGUGGAAAUCUUGCUGAACGAUGCGGAGAGUAGGAAGCGGGCCGAGCACAAGACUGAGGACGGGAAGAAAGAGAAAUAUUUCCUUUUCUACGACGGAGAGACGGUCUCCGGGAAGGUGAGCCUCGCCCUCAAGAACCCCAACAAGCGGCUGGAGCACCAGGGCAUCAAGAUCGAGUUCAUUGGGCAGAUCGAGCUCUACUACGACCGUGGAAACCACCAUGAGUUUGUGUCCCUGGUGAAGGAUUUGGCCCGGCCCGGAGAAAUUAGCCAAUCACAGGCCUUCGACUUUGAAUUCACCCACGUGGAGAAGCCCUAUGAGUCAUACACAGGCCAGAAUGUGAAGCUACGGUAUUUCCUUCGAGCCACUAUCAGCCGCCGUCUCAAUGAUGUUGUCAAAGAGAUGGACAUAGUAGUUCACACACUCAGCACAUAUCCAGAGCUGAACUCUUCCAUCAAGAUGGAGGUCGGGAUCGAGGACUGCUUGCACAUUGAGUUUGAGUAUAAUAAGUCUAAAUACCACUUGAAAGAUGUCAUUGUAGGGAAGAUCUACUUCCUGCUGGUGAGAAUCAAAAUCAAGCACAUGGAGAUAGAUAUCAUCAAGCGGGAAACGACAGGCACAGGCCCCAAUGUGUACCACGAGAACGACACAAUAGCCAAGUAUGAGAUCAUGGAUGGGGCGCCCGUGAGAGGAGAGUCCAUUCCGAUCCGGCUCUUCCUGGCGGGCUACGAGCUCACUCCCACCAUGCGGGACAUCAACAAGAAGUUCUCUGUGCGCUAUUACCUCAACCUGGUGCUGAUAGAUGAGGAGGAACGGCGCUACUUCAAACAGCAGGAAGUGGUGUUGUGGCGGAAGGGUGACAUUGUACGGAAGAGCAUGUCCCAUCAGGCAGCCAUCGCCUCCCAGCGCUUCGAGGGCACAACCUCCCUGGGUGAGGUGCGGACCCCCAGCCAGCUGUCUGACAACAACAGCAGGCAGUAGGCCCCCAGGGCCAAGAAGCUGCUGGGCUUCGACCCAGCACCCCCGUCUACCAAACACCAGCGGCUGGGGGAGGGGAGGACGGUGUGAUGCUCAACUGACCCGUUAUUUGCAACCUGAAAACAAAUCAUGUUUUGACUUAAAUUCUUUUUUCUGAAGAACAUAAGGGGCUUGGGUUGGGAGGCAAUCCCCUUGAGAUUCUGCGGCCGAUGUGGGAACAGGGAGAGGUAACAUCAUGGUAGCUGAUCUCUCUGGGGAAAAGAGCCUUCUGUCGAGGCCUUCCGUGGGGGCUGCCUCACAUCUUACAGGGGAGCAGAGGGCGGGUAUCCUUGGCUUCUGGGUGUCUGAGCUUCCCAAUCCAGGAUCUGAGCAUGUCCCUGGGAUUCUGAGCUGCCAGUGGGGCUGGAGGAUAGUCCUAUCUUAUUCUCCCCUCUGCUGUGACUGAGGUAGUGGCAGAAGAGGCUGGGCCUGCCCCAUCCUAAAUGGCAGUGGGGGAGACUCAAGAUCAGGAAGCUACCUCUUUGGGAGUCUUGGAUGUGGUGCUUUGAAGUUUCCACAAGCCGCCUCCUUUCUGGCCUUUCUCUCACUGCUGGGACCCAGGCACCUCCCUUCUCCAUCUUCUAUGGACUCUUGUCAGUAAUGUCCUCGAAUAGAAGCUUGUGGAAGGGCCUUUGGCUGUUGUCCCCUCACCUGUGAGAAAUUCUGGGCACAGAGAUACCCUGGGGUUCGUGUCAUGCAUGGAUGGCAGCAGUGUUGGACAUAGGAGGUUGAGCCAGAAGUAUGGCGACUGUUGUGGCAGUCUGCCUGCACCCCGUGACUGCAUUCCCCAGCCCUGGGGGCUGUGUGCCACAGCAAGCCCAGAAAAGGGCAUGUGUUUCCUUUAAGAGAUCUGGGGAAGGGCUUGAUCUCUUUGCUUCCUAAGAAUGGGUCCUCAUCACUCCUUGCUCUCCCUUCAUUUAAUUUUUGGGAAGUGGGGCUUGCAAGUUUUGUCCUUACCGUUGCCCACACCCCUUCACUCUCUGAGUUUCAGGAGGGAGAGGAGAGCCUCAGCAGAAGACCCUGCUACACAACUUAAGAAUAAUUCUGCUUGCCAAAUUAUGUCUUCACCUUCACCAGUUGACUGACCAGACUUUAGGACCAUUGACGUUUUUGUUUAAAAACAUACAAAAACUCUUGUGGGUAUCCUUGUUAUGCUAAAGAAGAGGGGACCUUCCCUCUGUUGCACUGUGCUCGGGCCUAUUGGAGUAAAGGUGUUGACAUCCUUUUCUGCCUCAUCUGGAAAUGGCCAAUUGGCCUCCCUUCCCUUCAAGCAGACCCCACUGGCCAAUGAGUCCAUAUCCAGGGGUCUGAGUUCUCUAUAAUUCGGAAAGCAGGGGUUUCUUGUCAUCUUUUACUGUAGAAAAUGGGGACUCCUCUUUUCCUCAGAAAUCAGUGUAGGUGUGGGCCUCUGACUGGGCAGGGCUCAUGGGUUAGGACUGAGACUGGGGGGAGAAGACGCUGGGAUGACACUAGAGGUUGACUGGGGACAGCAAAGUAAGGUGCCCCCCCUCCCCGCCGCCAUGCCAGACCCCGAGUUCAGGUGCGACGGACAAUCUCAUGGGAAGAGGAUCACUCAUCCAGCUGCCCCUGGAUUAUCAAGGUUGGAGUUUAAGGAUAUGGGGGAGGCAGAUUGUAUGCUCCUUGCCUUUUCCAGAUCAUGAGAUUAGGCUCUGGUGUGCCUCCCAUAAGAGCAGGUAUUUAACUAGAAAGGACCUGUCAGUUCCUCUGUCUCCCAAUUGACAACCCAAAUUCAUUUUCCAACUUUCCUAACAUCUUACACCUUUUUUCUGGGAGAACUAGAAGAUAGAAUUUGCUUUUAUUCUCUCAGGAGCUGUGCACAAGCCAGGUCUUCUGUUUUCUCUCACUCUGCCCCCAUUCUCUCUACUUCUCUGUGAGACUGUGGAAGUGAGAGGAGGGCCCGCCCCCUCCUUUAAAGGUCCCCAUACCUGGGAGUGCAUAGGUACUAAACCAAGCAGUGCAACUUGUAAUUAAGCAGCUGCAGUGUUUACAUGUUUCUUAAUGUGUCGUCUUUUCAAUGGCUGUAUUUUAAAAAAAAAAGAAAAAAAAAGAACACUUGUUUCAAUUGUCUCUCUGAUUAAAGAAAGCCCCUUGGUUUGGAGGCAUUGUGCCCCUGGUCCACCAGGUUCUGCGGUUUCUUCUUACACUGUCCCACUCACACAGAAGGGGAGACAGACCUCCACUCUGAUCCAACACGACACCUGCUCUCUCCAUGGCUGCAGCCCCUGGUGAACACUGAUGUUUUAUUCACACCCAUUUAGGUAAGCAUAUACUAAGAAAGGAAUUCCAGCUCUACCCUCCUCUGGAAACCUGUGCUGACGUUGCUAAUGGUUUAAAGCCCUCUGGGACCCAGAUAACUUUGCAGGUGGCUGAGGAAGGCUGGUGUAGAAAGAUAAAAGUUCAUUUCCGUAGGUAGUAACACAUGCAACCCUGCCCCCUGGUAUUUGCUACAGUAAAGGAAGAUGGUAGACGUACCCCCACAUCUCACUGAGGAGCUGAGGUCUGCAGUGGAGCAUUCCACCACACCCAGUGCUGUUUUAAAAGAAAAGCUUCCCAACUUUGAUAUUAAUGUUUUAUUGGAAAAGGUACAUGAAAAUCACAUAUGUACACAACCCUGGGUGAACAUAACAAGAAAGCCUCGUCACACCUCCUUCUGCCUUACAGAAGUUUGACUUCUUUGGAAUAAUGUCUUGCCUAUUCCAGCAACAGUGUCCCAGUUAACUUGGUUCCUUUUCCUCCAGGCUCAAAAUAAAAUCGAACUCCUCUACCAAAAAAAGAGGGAAAAGAAAGCAAAGAAUUAGGUGGUGUGUCUCUUCUUGAACAGGAAGUUGUGCCAGACAUUUCAUAUUGUUACUGAGGUAGGUUGUCACUCAUUCAAAAACUCUGGAGUGUUUAACUAUGUGCCGAGUACAUAGUGCAUAGCUGGGUGCACAGUAAUGAGUAACUCCAGACAUAGUAUUCCCUCCCUUGUGCAUGUGACAGGUGAGGAGACAGGCUCAGAGAGUUUGAAUAUUGUGCCCGAAGUUAAUCAGUAAUAAAUGUGAGUUCCUGGAGUCAUUCUGGUUUGUGAGUAAUUAUAAAGGAAAGGGCCCACUCUUACCUUGGGUCAGGGGCUGAACUGAGAGUCUCUGGUGACUGAAGAGAGCCAUAUUUUUUAAGGGGCCUCCAGUCUCUUUGUGAGCUUGGUGAUGGGUUUUGAGCUCAGCCAGGGUGAUGAAACGCUUCAUCAUCCGAACAAACUGAACAUCCACCUGUGUGACAGAAGGUGUAUGGGACAGAAAGACACGAGCAGGUAGAUUCUGUUCAUUGUGCAUUUUAGCUGCUUAUGGGAGGUUCUUACAAGUAGGGCUGCCAGUGUUCUGUUCCUAUUCCCAAAGCCAGGGUAACCCCAUCUGAGUAAGACCUGGACUCUGUACCUUGACCUAAAGACAUCCCACACCUUCUUCCUCCCUCUCUGUCCAUUCUUUUCCUCUCAUGAAAUAGGAAAAAUAAUAUUCUUUACCAUGGACCAUUUGGGGCUGUCUUCUUUGCUGGAUGGGUCAUAAUGGGGACUGUUUUUCUCAAAUUGUGUGUGGUCUGGGUAAGCCUCCUUCACAAUCUGAAACGAAAACCAAGUCUCCAAUCACUUCCCUGCACAGUCAGCCCCAUGGCCAGUUUUUAAGUCUGACUUUCACUUCUGACCCUGCACAUUCUUACCUCUUCUGCCUUGCUGUAGAGCUAAUGAAGGCUCAGAUAUCGGGGAAAUAAUACACGGGCUAGAGCAGGCAUAGGAAUCAACCUUGUUUUGAUAAAAUCUUAAAAGUAAUGUUCUAAAACCAAGUAUUAAAGGUUAUUAUUGGUGCCACUGUCUUCCCACCUGCUGUUAAUAAUUUUAUCCUAGUAACUUCUGGUUUGGAAGAGGCUACCAUCAGGCCUGUUUUUGAGUGAAAGACCAAGGCAUAGAAAUGAAGAGAAUGGACCAGUGCAACCUGAGAUGUAGGCCUUAUUAUAGUCCUUGUAUUGAAGAGGCCUGAGUGGUGACAUCAGGGAUGGGGAGUAGGGUACUUCUGUUACUGAUUUAAGCUGUGUUCCUUUAUAUCUACAUGAGUAAGUCUCCCCGAAGGGAGAGGGAUUGACUGACACCUAUACAACUGACCUUCACAAGCCCUGCAAUGCCUGGCUCUUUGCAGUUGCUGUGGUAGAAGAAAGCUUCUUGCUCCAGCUUCAUGGCUCGAAGGAAGUUCCGGGCCUGUCCCAGGGGAGAAUAAACAACGACUAUCCUCCUCGCCCACUGGAAAACACUAGCUGUUAGCAGAAAUCAAGUCUGCUUCCAUUAGAUGAGAUUUUCCUUUCUGCGGCUUCCCCGUAACUCAAUUCAAUACUUGCCUUUGCCAGGACACCCAGACUUGUAUCCAGACACUGGCCAGAACACAGACCAGUUGCAAAUUGCAUGCAAAGUAAUUAAGGUAGUUUUGAAUAGUUUCAGUUUUACAAUCUGGGGAAAAAACCAACAUUGGCUAAGAGAUUUUGCUACUGAGUAAGUCAUGGAAGGAGGCAGAAGUUUACCCAACACCUGUGUCUCGGGCCCUUUUACUCUCUUACCUGGUAGUUGCGAACACCAUCCCAGCAUGUUGUCUGCUUGGGCUGUGCUUUAAGAUCCUCAAUGCUGAACUAGGCAACAGGAAAUGAAUCCGUUCAUUAAACAACAUUGGAAACAACUGUAAAUAUAUGGACGUAGAUAGCUUCUUCCCCUACACUGAGGGUGCUCCUAGCUAUAGUGGAAGUGUGUAGUUUACUGGGAAGUAGUUCCACAAAGCCACUUCUAUUGGGCAAUGUAAGUAAGGCUUGUGUUACCUUUAUAAUCUUUGCUAAGUAGUUGAAUGGAUAAUCCAGAUGAUAAAGUAAUCUGUUGGUUAUUUGUAUUUCACUCAUUAAAGUAUUACAUCUUUCUUCUAUAAUACUUGUUUUCUCCAAGCUAUUAUUAAAAUUGGUUUAUAUUAAUUCACUGAAUAUAUACUAACUGUUGGCAGAGAGAUACAUAGGAACAUGGCAGGUGGCAAGAGUAAGGCCGCCUAAGAUUGAAAUGUUGCCCACGCCUGGGUUGGCAAAUUAUAGCUUUUAGGCCUUAUUUUGUAAAUGGCUUUUUUGAAACACACCCACACCAUUUAUUUACAUGUCAUCCAUAACCCACUUUCUUGCAACAGCAGAAUUGCAACAAGAAGCAACAAGCAACAGAAGCAACAAGAAGACCUGAAAACCUAAAAUAUUUACUAUAUGGCCUUUUACAAAAAGUUUACCACCCCUGACCUAGCUAGAAGUUUCACAAAACAGAUAGUUGCUGGUAAUAACCAUGCUGAUUUUAUUCCUUAUUUGCUUAUGAUCUUGUCCUUAACUCUACUUUUCAGAGAAGCUGGUAGAGGCUGUGGUGUCCCAUAUUUAUUUCUUAACUAAAAAAACUGCUUGAAGGGAUUAAAGACAGGUAUCUAGUCUCACCUUCACAUCUACACCUUUCUCUAGUUGGCUUUCUGGCUCUGACUUCAACAGCCAGUAACUACUUAGAUUCUUCCCACAGUUUUUAGAGGCUGAAGUCUUCUGAGGGCUGGAGUUAACCACUUUAACUGAUGCCCCUGCUGGGUUCUUAGUCUUGGGACGUUUUCCUUCUGGCCCCUUAUUGUCUGCAACAGAAGCAAACAGAAGAAACUGGUCAUGCUGGCUGAGAAGUAAUGUUCCAUUGUGGGGAAGGCACAUGCUUUGGAGUCACACCUGGAUUCAAAUCAUGGAAUCUAUCAAUUACUAGCAGAAAUUGACAGCUGAAUUGCUGAACUUCAGUUUAUCUAUAAAAAUGGGACAGGAAUGCCCAUCUUUACAGGGUAUCUUCGGGAUUAUCCAUUCAGUGGGAUAGGAAUACCUUACAUGGUUGUGGGUUAGGACUGACAGUCCUAGCAGAGUCCUGGCUUCUGUUAAGUAAUUUCCUUUCUUUACCUCACUAUCUUCUGUGCCUUUGCUGAGGCUUUUUCUCUCCAAUGAGGAAACUGAGCACCUACUCCACAGACUUGUUUUGGAUAUCAAAUAAGAUAGUGCAAACAAUGCUCUUAGACAAUGCCUGGCAUUAUAAUAAAUGCACAAUAAAUGUUAGCUAUUAUCA